AUGAGUGGUGUGGUGAGCAUUGGCUUCACAGCCUAUUUGGAAGUGGGCUGGGCAGUUCUGUUCGUGGCUUGGCUCCUGCUUUUCGCUCAGUACACGGCAGAGUUCACCAAAGCGAACCUCUUGAAGGCAGCUCAAAUUCAGUGGGCGUGUGUUCAUUGUCUUGUGGUGCUUGGCUUGGUUUUGGCCAUUGCUUUGGAGGUGGAAGCCGGAUUUGCACGAAGAUUUGUGAAGCUUUUCUGUGAGACACAGACACUGGUGCCAAUCAAGGUCACGGAUGCCGAAGAUCAAAAUGAUGCAUUCAACUUGCAGGCGGUGGUGUCUGUCGACCCCGACUGUGCAAGCGCCACGGUCAAAGCGUUCACCACGUACGAGAUCUUCAUGGAACAGUAUGUUGAGCAAAUGUUCUUGCACAGCUUGUGGAUUCCCGACUGGUCCAUUCUAAUCAUGGGUGUCACUGCGGCCACAGACCUUUUGCUGCUGAGCAGUCACGAUUCGCUUGGUUUGCAGCUUGGCUGGGCCCCGCUGGGACUGCCUGAGGGAAAGCAGCUGAACUGCCCAAAUUCGGUGGUGGAUUCGGACACCACCAAGCUGCGAGGGCUGUGUCUCGUGACCAGCUUCAAAGGCACAAUUCCAAGGAAAGAGACCACGGAGCCCGACAUGGAAGCACCACCAGUGGUGCUGCUUGCUGCGUCUGAUGGGACUGUGAGCAUUCACUAUUGUUCGGCGCUCAAGUGGACCAGUGCCCAAGCUAUAGCGGCCAGAGGUUGA